AUGGCGACCAUACACGACAAAGGCCCCGGGUACUCGAAGGAAGAUGAUGGCCCACACCUCGACAUUGUCGCAUCGCAAGACCAUGAAGUGGGCUCUGUCAUAACUUCUUCCCAUGAAUACAGUCUUCAUCGUCGACUCGGUAAUCGACAGCUCCAAAUCAUCGCUAUCGGCGGCGCCAUUGGUACUGCAAAUUUCGUGAGCAUUGGUACGGCUCUCGCAGCUGGUGGUCCUGGCAGCUUGUUUCUUGCCUUUCUGUUUUAUGCGGGUAUCAUGGGGUUGGUCAACAAUUGCGCAGCUGAGAUGGUCGUGCAUAUGCCCAUCAGUGGUGGAUUUGUCCGCCUGGCUGGCCACUGGGUAGAUGAUGCAUGGGGCUUCAUGGCAGGAUGGAAUUUCUUCUUCUACGAAGGCUUUCUCAUUCCGUUUGAAAUCACUGCUCUGAAUGUGGUGCUCUCUUUCUGGACUGAUAAAAUCCCAGCCGUGGCAGUGUGUUUAGUGUGUAUUUUUCUCUAUGGACUCCUGAACAUCUUCGCUGUUCGAUUCUAUGGCGAGGUGGAAUUUUGGCUUUCCGGAGGAAAGAUUCUACUCCUAUUCCUCCUCUUUGGAUUUACCUUCGUCACGAUGGUCGGUGGUAAUCCUCAACAUGAUAGCUAUGGUUUUCGAUUCUGGAACAACCCCGGAGCUUUUGCUGAAACACGCUCCACUGGAAGCCUCGGCCGCUUCGAAGGCUUCCUUAAAUGCAUCUGGACCGCGGCAUUUACGAUCGUGGGGCCUGAGCUUGUCUCGAUGACCGCAGCAGAAGCUAAACACCCCCGGAUAUACAUCAAAAACGCAUACAAAUCAGUAUACUGGCGAUUCUUCAUUUUCUUCGUCGGAUCUGCUCUGUGUGCUGGCAUUGUCGUCGCGUAUAAUGACCCAACCUUGGUUGGAAUUAUCAAUGGCGAUUUGGGUGGCUCCGGGACUGCUUCCGCUUCGCCCUAUGUGAUCGCCAUGCAAAAUAUGAAAAUCAGUAUUUUGCCGCAUAUCGUGAGUGCUCUAUUAUGUACGAGCAUUUUUUCCGCUGGCAACAAUCUGGUUUUCUGCGGCACACGAACUCUUUAUGGCCUCGCUCUUCAAGGAAGAGCGCCCAAGAUGCUGGCAAAAUGCACAAAGAGUGGUGUGCCAGUCUUUGCAUUCGGCGUGACAAUGCUCUUCCCUUUCCUAUCCCUUCUGUCUCUCUCGAAUGGGUCAUCCCAGGCCUUACAGUGGUUGAUCAAUAUCAUCACCGGUGGUGGAAUCAUCGACUUUGUUGUGAUCUGUGUGACAUACACCAGCUUCUAUCGCGCUCACAAAGCUCAAGGCAUCUCGCGUGAUUACCUUCCUUACAAAGGAUGGUUCCAGCCUUACAGCGGAUAUAUCGCGCUGAUCCUGGAAACUAUGAUAGUUCUCGUCUAUGGCUACACUAGUUUCUCCCCCUGGAACACGGCCAACUUCUUUACUUACUAUUCCAUGCUCAUUAUAGACAUAGUUUUGUUCCUCUUCUGGAAGUUUUACAAGAAGACAACCUGGCUCAAGCCACGCGAUGUUGACCUUGUCUGGCAGAGCGACCUCUUGAGUGCCUAUGAGUCUACCGUUGACGAGCCCGUGACAACCUUCUGGGGCGAAAUGCUAGACCUGGUCCGGUUUUGGAAAUGGAUUCCAAACCGCAACGAGAAGGAUGUAUAG